UAAAUCUUUAAAUAAAGGCCUUUAAAGAGGUCUUUAAGGAUUAAAUAUGAAGAAACAAACAAUGCCGGCAGGACCAUUAAAUUAUGCAAGAGCGGUUUCGUCUGGAGAGACGAAUGUUAAACGAGGGAAUCAUGAAUCAUCAGGAUUAGGAGGUCUUUUAAAUGGGUCUAAUGGACGAGGUAGAAGACAUCAUCAAUCGCCAGGAAGUCCUAUGAGAGGAAGUGUUAGUAAUAAGCAACGGUCAAGAACGGCAUCUACCGUUACGAGUGUUGCUACGGAUAGUGUACGAUCGCGGGGAACGAGUAUAAGCUCUAGGAAUAUAGAGGCGAAUGGGUCCUCAGAGACGAGAGAAGGAGUAGUAGAAGAAGUAAAUAGUGGAAUAAAUGUUAAAAUGACGGGAGAUUAUUCUAUUUCGACGAUAUCACAUCAUCGAAGGAAUUCAUCGAUUCAUUCGAUCAAAUCGGAGAUGUAUCAUUCGAGCCGAUCGUCAAUGUCAUCAUGUCAUCAGAACCAGAUGGUAUAUCCGUACCCAUAUCAGUCAUCGCCGUAUUUUUUUGUUCCUCAAAGUUAUCCAGGAACGGGAUACAAUGGAGGAGUAGCGGCGUAUGGACCACCUCAUUCAGGAUUUACACAACGAAAUAUGAGCGGAUUUUCGACGCCAUCGAAUCACCCAUUUAAUACAGUAUCAUCGCCCCAAAUAUCGCAAACAUCAGGGUUUCCAGUAGUAUCAUCGCAACCAUGGCAACAAAUGAAUCAGCAUUAUUUUUACCAGGGUGGAUAUGAUCAAGCAGGGUUUUAUCCGCCAAUUUAUGGGAUUUCACCACAUUCGUUUGUGAGAUCGAUGAGUUCAUAUCCCAGUAUUUCAUAUUCGUAUUCGGGACAGUCAUUUCAGGCUUCGUAUCUUCCGACACAGUCUGUCCAGAUGAGUAAAAGUGUAUCAUCGACAUCUGAUUGCCCAGUUGCACCGACAAUGGCACCGCCAACGUUUUCGGAGACUAAUACAUGGUCUUCACAAACAACAACGGAUGAAACAGGAACGUCAUCUGUUGUUCGUCCUCAGAAACGUGUUAAUGCGGCCGUUAAAAUUGUUAAUCCCAAGACAAAUAUGGAAAUAUCUAUUUCACCAACAUUACCCCCAUCCGACAAGGAAAAUCUUUCAAUACCGAUUGCAGAUGAAUCUUCCAAAAAUGCAUCUGACUUAUUUGAGGGCUAUGAACAAAAAGAUCCUGAGAUUUCGGCUGUUCCUGAAAAUCCAAUUCUUCAAGAUGAAAAUGAACCUGUUGAAAUUGAUGAAUCUAUAAAUGAUAAUAAUGCUGAUGAAAAAGUAAGUGUUCAAGAUGAAAAUGAUCAUUGUGUACCCGAAAAAGAACAAAACUCUGUUGAUGAUAAAAUUGAAGAGAAUUUACCACUUGAGAUUGAAGAAAGUAAGGAUUCGGUUGAAAUUGGUUAUGGAAUAUAUGAGGAUGCACCCGAAUCAACUCAAAAAGACGAAAAUGAUGCUAAAUUAGAACAGAAAAUGCAUAAUGUUAUUGAAAUGGCUCAAGAAGAAGAGAAAAUAGUUGAAGCAAGUCAGGAAACAAAAGAUACUUUUGAAACAGUUCAGGAAGAUGUGAUUGAAAUGAUUCAAGAAAUGGAUAUCCUUGAGCCUGUUCAAGAUAUAAUUCAAGCUGAUCAAGAAAGUGUAGUUGAAGACUCAUUUGUAUACGAUGAUUCUUCACUCGAAAAGAAAGACAUAGAAAGGCCUAUGUCUCAAGAACUAGAUUUGAGUUCUAUAGAAAAAGAACAAUUGGAAAUUGUAGAUAAAGAUAAAUGUCAAGAUGAUCAUAAUGACGAUAAGAUUCAGGAUUGUGAUAUUAAUGAAUUCCAAAAUAAGCUAUCACCAAAAAAUCAGGAUACUACUGUAGAACAAUCUCGACCUUCUUCUAGCGAAAAAGCUAAACAAAAACCAUUACUCAUACCUCUUGGUGUUUCUGAAACAGAUAAAAAUAAUGCAAAUGAAGUUUCAAUGUCUAUUACAUCUCUUAAGAAUUCCACAUUUAUUACAGAUCUUAAGACUAUUGUAUAUCCUAAAGGAUUCAACCCUCCAAAGGCAUCCUUAAAUGUAAAUUCAUUACCCGGAAAAUUUAGAUAUGACGAAGAAUUUUUAUUGCAGUUUCAAAAAGUUUAUGUAAAUAAACCCGAUUUUAAUUGGGAUGAACGUAUAAAAGAUACUAUUGGUGAUGGAACGGAUGAUAAAAAACCUUCCAAAAAUAGUCUUGGGGGAUUGAGUUCAAGAUCAAUAUCUCGAAGUAUUGGUGUUUCGAUGACAUCUAUUCCUAUAGGUAGUUUUGGCUUGAACAAACCUCCUUCUUUAGGAAAAUCUGUAUCAAAUCAGCAUUGUUCGCAUAUUAAUACUCAAACACAGCAAAUUUCUGAUUCUUCGUUGAAUGUAUCAGAGGAAUCAUUUGGAGUUAGUAAACUUACCUCUAAUAAAUCUGUAUCUGGAAUUACAUCAAACGAAUCUGGAAGUCCAGUUGGUUCUAGAUUUUCUUUAUCAAGCUCCGGUAACCCAGUUUCACUUGGAUUCUCUAUGUCUAGAUCUGGGAGUCCGGUUACUCCUAGGAUGCCAUCUAGAAAAGGUGGUAGUCGUCGUGGAGUAGGGCUUACACAAUCAGAAACUAAAGUUGAUAAACAUGAUCAAAAAAGCGGGUCUAAUAUGCUUUCUGAUCAUGUAGCUCCUUUAGCAUUAUCUGCAAAUAGAUGGCAACCAAAGUUAAAAUCUCAGUCUGUUCAACCGGGCGAACAUAUGGAUCCUGAAAUGGUUCAGAGGAAAGUUAAGGCUGCUCUUAAUAAACUUACAGUCGAUAAUUUUGAUCGAAUAACUGAUCAAAUUUUAGAAAUUGCUUCUCAAUCAAAGAAUGAAACAGACGGGCGGACUUUGCGACAAAUUAUUCAGCUUACUUUUGAAAAGGCUACUGACGAAGCGAAUUUUUCAAGUAUGUACGCUAGAUUUUGUAGAAAAAUGAUGGAAACUACAAGUUCUGAAAUUCGUGAUGAGAAAUUACAGUUAGAUAAAAAUGGAAGACCAAUUACUGGAGGCAUUCUUUUUAGAAAAUAUCUUCUUAAUAGAUGUCAAGAAAAUUUUGAACGUGGUUGGAAAGCUAACCUCCCCUCUAAACCUAAUGGUGAAUUUAAUACACAGGAAGCUGAAAUGCUUUCCGAUGAAUAUUAUGUUCUUGUUACAGCAAAACGUAGAGGAUUAGGUCUCAUUAAAUUUAUUGGAGAACUUUUCAAGUUAAAUAUGUUAACCGAAAGAAUUAUGCAUGAAUGUAUAAAGAAACUUCUUGCUAAUGUUGUUGAUCCUGAUGAAGAAGAAAUUGAGAGUUUAUGUAAACUUUUAGCUACUAUUGGUAAAGAUUUAGAAAGUACUGAAAAGGGACACGUGCAUAUGAAUGUAUAUAUUGAACGUAUGGAUAAGAUUGUUAAAACAUCAAACCUUUCAAAUAGAAUUAAAUUUAUGGUUAUGGAUAUUUUGGAUUUAAGAAAAAAUGGAUGGAAAUCUAAAAAUGCUGAUAAAGGACCAAAGACGAUUGCUGAAAUUCAUGAAGAUAUAGCUAAAGAAAAAGCCGAGGCAGAUGCUAUACGACUUGUAAAUCAAAGUCGUGGAUCAAGAUUAGAUUAUGGGCGAGCGGAUAAAAGUGGACGUCCUAGUGUAUCAUUAUUCGGAGUUCCCGAUUGGCAAAAUACAAAAAAUCUCAAUUCCGCUGAUUGCAAAGCUGGAGAUUUAUCAAGACUUGGACAAAUACGGUCUUCUAAUCAAUGCUCAUUUGGUCCCGGUGGUCAGCUUUCAUCCUUAAGAAGUUUAAGUGAUAGUAAAAAAAUUGCAUUUGAAACACAAGAAACUCAAAAAGAAUUGAUCGAACCCUUACAAACUUCUAAUUCUUCUAUUCCUGCCUCUGAACAAGACUCUUCAAAUACUUCAUUUACAACUAAAUCUGACCAUAAUCAACAAGAUAACGAAAAAAUACAACAUGAACAACUUCUUGAUGAUAAAUCAUCUUCAUCAAAUCCACCUCUUAUAACAAAAUUAUCUGAUUCUGUGGAAGAUGUAUCCGAAAAAACCUUUGACAAUAAUUCUCAAGAAAAUCAACUUUCUUUUACAGAAUCUUCUCAAUUAACCCCUUCCGAAUCCGAUUCUGAUGAUCAAAAUACUUUGGAAAAAUUUACUGAUGCUAAACAAUCUCCCAUUGCAUAAGAUCUUUCAUCAAUCAAAAUAGUAUUUAUAUAUAAUCCUUCAU